AUGGGCCUUGAAAACGAAUGGCACCUAUUCUUUGACUGCGCUGAAGCCCAAGCCAUUUGGAAUGCUUCUGGCAUUUGGACUCUCAUAUCACACGCUGUCAACAAUGGUAACGAUUUUAAGGAGACGCUCGGCCAUCUGUUAAAUAGCCUCAGUCACGAAAACAUAGUCAAAAUGGUGGUCAGCUUAUGGUGUAUCUGGCAGCGCCACAACAACAAGAUCUGGUCAAACACCACUACUCCUCCUCAUCUUGUUAUCUCCCAGUCCAUGCAGAAGUUUGAGGAAUGGCAGCAUGCACGAGCAAAGGAACAUCCUCCUCCCACACAGUCAUCAUCUCCUGGUAGCUGGACACGCCCACAAGUAGGUUUCAUUAAAGGAAAUGUUGAUGCAACCAUAUUUAAGGAAGAUAACAAAGUAGGCUUUGGAAUCUGUUUACGUGAUGCAACUGGGUCCCUCAUCAAGGCCAAGUCAGGCUGGCUCUAUGGAGUAGCCCCGCCCCACGAAGAAGAAGCCACGACUCUCCUAGAAUCCAUCCGGUGGGUGUGUGAUCAAGGUUAUACCCGUGUCAUACUCGAAUCGGAUUCCAAACAAGUUGUGGAGGACAUCCUAAACUCCAACAUCUAUUAUUCAGAAUACGGUCACACUCUACAUAGAUGUCAUUCUCUACUCAACUCUCAUCCGAACCUAUUGGUCAGGUUCAUCCGGAGACAAGCAAAUCAUGUCGCUCACUCCUUAACUAGGACGUCAAGAUACUAUGCUAGCUCCCAUGUUUUUUAUUUCAUCCCAACAUGUAUUGCACCUCUUAUUUUGAAUGAUAUCAGUUAA